AUGAUUACAGAGCUGGGAGGACUAGAGAAAGUUUUUGGCACUGUCAUGCCACACAAAUGGGAACAUGAGAGGAAAAAGGGCAGCAUCACCAGCUCACUGAAGGUGGAUCGACAGAGCAGAGUUGGGAGCAGGAAAUCAAAAAAGUUUCGCUCCAUUUCAAGAUCACUUAUACUCUGUAAUACCAAAGAUACUGAUGAUGGGUCGAGUCCAGAUGAGAAAUGCCCUGAUCCCAUUGAGAUUUCUACCAGUUGGGAUCAAGAGAAAAUUGACAGUUGCCCUAGACUACAAGUGCUAUGCACUUCAGAACCGGAUGACAGCACUCCUUAUCCUCUUGUGAUCACCAGCGUGAUCCAGUCCAAAGAUGAUGGAAGUGAAAGCUGCAAGAAUAUGAGAAGGAAGUUCUUCAUCCAGGAUGGCUGCAUCUGGAGGCUUUGUAUAGCCACGGGAAAUGAUGGCCUGGGGAUCCAAGUCUCGAGAACCCCCAACUGCACUUCUCUUGGGAAAGGGUUCACAGUCAGCCAAGUGAUCAAUGGGGGCGCUGCCCACAGGGAUGGUCGUCUAAGCCCAGGGGAUGAACUGUUAACACUAAAUGGACAAUCACUUAAUGAGCUCACCAACAAAGAGGCUGAAUCUCUCAUUCAAUCAGCAACAGGACUGGUGAAUUUGGUGAUUGCUAACAAGAAUUCACUAGGGGAAGCAGGCCGGAAAGAGGAUGUAUUUUUUUAUGAUUUGGCAAUGGUGCCACUUGCUGCUGAAGAGGAGCGUUACCAUUCAGUGGCUCACUGUGACAGGAUACUUCCAAACAGCUCUACUAAAACUAGACUUCAAGAAGAAUCCUCAACAGGUGUCUGUAAUGAAAGGCCUGUUAAAAUGGAAAUACAAACUAAUUGUUUUCUGCACUCUAAAGCCAGCUGCCAAAGGACUCGCAGUAAUUCAACCAGUGUAAAUCCUUACUGGAUGGGGGAAAUUGACUAUCCAGUGACAAAGAAAUCAACAGCAUAUAGAGACAGACAGCCCCAUUCUCUUUACAGUAACCGGAAGUCACUCUCUCAGCAGCUAGACUGUUUGGUAGGAAGAGGUCCGGCUGUUUCAAGACCCUCUAGAUCACUGAGCACUGCUCAGUUAACGCAUACGUCUUGUGGCUCACAGGCUUCCGUAAUAUCAAACAUUGUUUUGAUGAAAGGCCAAGGGAAGGGGUUGGGCUUCAGUAUUGUUGGAGGGAAGGACAGCAUUUAUGGGCCCAUUGGUAUCUAUGUAAAGACCAUCUUUCCAAGUGGAGCUGCUGCUGAUGAUGGAAGGUUACAAGAAGGUGAUGAAAUUCUGGAACUGAAUGGAGAAUCAAUGUACGGAUUAACACAUUAUGAUGCUUUACAAAAAUUCAAGGCCAAAAAGGGUCUCCUCACCCUUACAGUCAGGACAAGCCUUAGCACCCCGUAUUCUGCCUCUAGCUACCUAUCGCCACACUUAUGUCGGUCUCUGAGCUCCAGCACUCGGAUAACCAAGGAAAACAGCUCUUUCAGUUCAGAUGGUGCUGCCGUCUCAUUAAGCACCACAAAGCCCAAUGACAGGGUCAUAAUGGAAGUUUCCUUAAACAAAGAAGCUGGCGUUGGCCUAGGAAUUGGCUUGUGCAGUGUCCCUUACACCCAGUGCAUUUCCGGGAUAUUUAUCCAUACCCUCUCACCAGGCUCCGUGGCUCAUAUGGAUGGGAGGCUCAGGUGUGGAGAUGAAAUCAUAGAAAUUAAUGAAGCACCAGUCCAAAAUAUGACACUUAAUGAAGUUUAUGCUGUUUUAAGCCACUGCAGUCCUGGUGCUGUGCAGAUUAUUAUUAGCAGACACCCUGAUCCACAGGUAUCUGAACAGCAGCUGAAGGAAGCUGUUUCACAAGCUGUGGAAAACGACAGAUUCGGAAGGGAGAGGCCACGAUGGAGUACGGAAGGUGUUAAAAGACUGGAAACUAGCUGGCAUGGCAGAUACCAGCAUGAAAAACAUAUUGAGAAGAACACUGCUUAUUGCAACCGCAGAUCUCAGAAGCUAAUGACCCGUUCCAGCAGUGACAGUAGUUACAACCCCAGGUCAUCUUGCAGUAAUGGCACCCCAUACCAGCUUGCUGACAUGAAGGCAAAAGUACACAGCAUUGAUGUACCAAUUACCAGACCGCCUGGCUUGCUGGAUUCAUUGUCCAGAACCAGUUUGGAGAACCAUUCCCCUCCCACUGGCAACGAAGCAGGCCAUCCCUCUCAGAACAUAAAAAAAUCGAUGGAGAUUCUUGUUAGAAAACCUAAAUCGUCAAAGCCCAAACCUCCACCAAGAAAGUAUUUUAAACAAGACUGUACAGACACUGACGAGUGUAACACAGACAUGAAAGAGAAGCCUAUGCUACAAGACGAUGGAAGCCCAUCUUCUGCCAAUGUUCAGGAAGCAGGAGACCUGCUGCUACAGGGAAAUAAAACAGUUAUAACCCACAGUCUCUCUGCAACUUCUAUAACACCAAGAGGUACUGAACACUCAGCUGCAGUGUCAGCAGACAGAGACCAAGAGAGGAAAGCAAACCCAGGAAAUCCUAUCUCAUCAAUACAAAGGCCUGUACUUAGAAGACAACCACGGGUAGAUUACAGUCUUGAUACUACAGCAGAAGACCCUUGGGUUAGAAUUUCUGAUUGCAUCAAAAGCUUGUUUAAUCCUACUAUGAGUGAAGAAAGCAGUCACUUAGACUUAAAUCCCAAGAACAACACAAAUGAAGAAAAUCAAAGUCCGAGCUGUCCAGACAUAGUGCUGCAGAAAUCAGAAGCAGAAGCAGAUGGUUCAAAAGCACACAAUUCAGAUGAAAGUGACACUGGGAAAAGGGGCCCUCCAGUAGCACCUAAACCAGCCUGGUUUCGUCAAAGUCUAAAAGGUCUGAAGAAAGGAAAUUCAGAUGUCAACACACAGGCAGAUCAAAGUUCCAUUGACCUCCAGAGUGUUUCUGGCAAAGAACGGGGCUCCAAUAUGUCCCGGGCCUCACCCAGAGGAUCAUCAAUAAAACAGAGAAUAAACUCCUUUGAAACUUUCAGUGCUCCUCAGUCACCUGAAAAAGGAAACAGAAAACCCGGCCCAAAGCCAUCAGUCUGGAAAGAAAAUUCUCCUAGCCCAAAGCCAUCAGUCUGGAGAGAAAAUUCUCCCAGCUCAAAGCCAUCAGUCUGGAGAGAAAAUUCUCCCAGCCCAAAGCCAUCAGUCUGGAGAGAAAACUCUCCCAGUCCAAAAGAGCCAGAAUCACCUGCAGUUCAUUUAAACCAAGCCACUUAUAAUGAAGGUUCUGAUAACAGCCAACUACAAUCAACUCCAUCUGUGGUUACAGUCGAGACUCUGAGCAUACAUAGGUCCUGCUCUCCCAAAGAGGCACUCGCUCCUAGUCCAAAGAGAAGCAACAGCACAAGUACUGAAAUUUCCUUGGAUUUACUAACUUCACAAGCCACUGAACUUCACUGUCCAGUAGCAAAAGCACAGAGCCAAAGAACACGAAGCUUCCCCCUUACUGCUAACCAGUCUUGUGAGAUGAUGAAGACAAAUGAUGAAAAAUACAGCAAAAUCUAUUCCAUCAGCAAUCAAGUGUCAUCUGCUUUAAUGAAAUCUUUGCUUUGCCUUCCUCAGUCGCCGCUCUUUUCUGGGAACAAUCCAUGGAGCACAUUGGAAGCAUCAUCUCAGCCCUCCAUGGAAGAGAAUGGGACCCCUCCCUCAUCUACAAGCGAGAGUCAUCAUUCAGACACUGGAUUUUCCCUUAACCUUUCUGAACUGAGAGACUAUACUGUGAGUUUAACAGACAGUGGGAAAGAGGAAGAGAAACAGGAACACUGUUCAUCUCAAGCAUCUGGUGUGUCCGGGCAAUCAGUCAUCUCUCUGCUUUCCCCUGAAGAAUUAAAGAAGCUUAUAGAAGAAGUAAAAUCACUAGAUGAGGCUACCUUAAAGCAAUUUGAUGAUAUUCAGGUUACAAUUUUGCAUAAAGAAGAAGAUGCUGGUCUUGGAUUCAGCCUGGCAGGAGGAAUCGAUCUAGAAAACAAAGUUGUUACUGUUCACAGAGUAUUUCCUAAUGGACUAGCAUCUCAGGAAGGAACUAUCCAGAAAGGAGAUGAAGUCUUAUCCAUUAAUGGAAAGUCUCUUAAAGGUGCCACUCACAACGAUGCCUUGGCGAUCAUGCGCCAGGCUCGACUGCCAAGGCAAGCUGUCGUAGUGACUAAAAGAGCUAAAGAGGAAGAAAAAAGUCUUAAUGUUUCCGUUGACUCUACUACGUAUUCUACAGAAAGUGAAACCACAACAGAAGCUACAACCGAAGAGACAAUCUGCACUGUAACUCUGGAAAAGACACCUGCUGGCUUAGGAUUCAGUCUGGAAGGAGGGAAAGGCUCCAUCCAUGGAGAUAAACCCAUCAUCAUCAACAGGAUUUUUAAAGGAAUUGCAUCAGAACAGAGCAAUACUGUUCAGCCUGGUGAUGAGCUACUGCAAGUGCACACAACUGUUAUGCAAGGACUCACCCGUUUUGAAGCUUGGAAUAUCAUCAAGGCAUUACCUGAUGGGCCCAUAACUGCUACCAUCAAGAGGAAAAAUCCAAGUUCUGUUACCACCACAUCAUCUGAAACUUUGCAAGGAGAAGUAUGAAACUGCUGCCAGGAUUAAAACAAACACACCCAUAACAUUUCAUUACUUAAAGCCAUUUACCAACACAGCACCAAUAUUGUGAAAGUGCAGAUGAUCAUAUAGCAAGUUUUACAGGUCUCUUUGCAACCUCAAAGCAAGUUGUCCAGAAUAAGAGAAGGUUAUACAAUUUCUUUUACAAUAUUCAUAAGCAGCUGUUGCAAAUUCUAGAAUGCUAAAAAAAGGUCUUAAUAUGAUGAGUGUAAUAAAAUGUGUGAAAAUUGCA